AUGUGGGCCAUUUUGUAUCUGGAGUGUGCGAUCUUCUAUCAGGCCAUCCACACUCAGUCUCUGGUGAUUACCGCCCAAAGUAAAGGAGAUCCUAAUUUGGCUCAGCAUCGGACACGCUUGCAAUUGGUUGGCGGUGAGAAUCUGCCGCGUGUGGAUAUUCUAGUUCCUUGUUGCGGAGAGCCCUUGGAGUUUAUUCUCGAUACUCUAUACGCAAGCUGUCGGAUAGAUUAUCCCUCGAAGCGAUUUCGAGUUAUAGUCCUUGACGAUGGACAAUCGAUGCCCCUUCGCAAGGCGGUGGGAGAGCUUCAACAGACCUGGGGCAAUAUCCAUUACCAAUCUCGUGGCCUUAGUCCAGACCGACAAGAUUUUGCAAAAGCCGGGAAUCUUAAUUUCGCACUCUUUGACCUGGAGGCCCCCACGGAAGGCCCGUCGGAAUAUAUCGCUAUCUUAGAUGCAGAUUUCAUGCCUUCGCCCAACUUUCUUCGUUCCACGCUGCCUCAUUUAAUGAAGUUCCCUAAGCUAGCACUAGUGGGCACCCCUCAAUAUUUUUACAAUAUUCCAGCUGGUGACCCGCUGGCUCAGGGUCUGGGAAAUUGGCAGGGUAUGCUUCUUCCACAAUUGAAUCAGCUUGGGGUGGCCAUUAAUGGUGGCUCGGGGUGCGUAAUCCGUCGUGAUUUGCUACUGGAGCACCAAGGGUUCCCCACCAUCUCAAUGGCAGAAGAUCUCAUGCUCUCCCUCGUCCUCAUAGGAACUGGUAGCCAGCUUAUUGUCCUCGAUGAUAUAUUGCAGCUAGGUCGAGUCCCAGCGUCGCUACAAGGUCACGUAUCGCAACGGAGACGUUGGUGUAUUUCCCUCUCGCAGCAAGUGAUGGCUUUAAAAAGGACUAAGGAGAAUACUGUGCCGUCCGCACUCCGCUGGUCCAUUGCCUGUCAGGGAAUAUUCUUCAUAAUAGACUUGGUGAAUCGCGCUCUCGCCUUUAUCAUGAUUCCUCUAGCGUUGCUAUCCGAUCAGCCGCUGGUUCCUGCUGCAUCGCGACUAGAGCUGAAGAUUCAAGGAUGCCUGGCAGUCAUGUCUCUUACUUUCAUGUGGGGUUUCGAAUGGCUAAUGAUGGCACGCUCGGAUUUUCGUGCUCCGGCAUUUUCUCACCUUGAAGAGCUCUGGAUGGCGCCUGGCCAAUUAUAUGCACUCAUAUGCUUCUACCUCCUUCCAGCCCAGUCCCCAGGAUCAUUGGUGACAGGUAGCGCGUUGAACCCCUGGAAUACUACUUCAAUCUCUGGCAGACGACUCCAUGAGCUGAAACGAAACCUCUGGGAUGCAGGGGUCGCAAUUAACCUUACAUCCUUUGUUUUCAUCAUCACUGCAGUACUGCACGCAAUCAGAUAUGCGAUGGAUAACUACGAACAGUCUCUGCGAUUCGUUGCGACAGGACUUUUAUGGCCGCCAGUACUACAUAUAUGCUACCUGCUUAUAUCAUCCAACUGGAUUCCUCUAUCCUGUACCGCGUGGCCCGUUUCUUGGCCGACGCAUUCUUCGAGACCUAACAUGAAGUCUGGUCCGCGAGGAGCCUAUGCCAUCUUGACUCAGCCAGAAGUCCAGCAAGCACAUUUCUCGCAUCGAUUAUCUCGCUUUGGCUACGCCGGGCACUAUAUACUCAUUUUUCUGGGGCUUUUCGUCCUUUUCGGAGCAUUUGUGGCUGUCUGAAAUGGCACUGCGAAUACUCAGGCAUACUUUCAAGAUUAUGGACCCUUUUAUUGGUGACCUCGCGCAGUCAAGAGAGAUUACGAGCAUCUUUAGU